AUGAGUGAUCUCGAAGUAGAGGACGUCUUGUCGGGCCCUGCUGACUCUGACGACGCGGCUGGAGGCGAUGUGCACGCGGACAACCCAGGCGCGAGGACCUUUUGGUUCGGAAAGAACCGUGGCCGCCGUCUCGACGCCGUCGUGCAAGAGGAUCUCGGAUAUGCUGAGUGGUGCUGCCAUCCUGAUCGAAAGAAAGAACAAUUCAAAUGGUGCUGUCAGUACGAUGAGUUUUGUCGCCUUUAUAGCGACUACGAGGCAUGGUUGGAGAGAACAGAAGGACCCAUAAACCCAGGUCAAGCCGUCGUCUGGUUCGGCAAGUGGUACAGGAAUUGCCUCUUUGCGACAAUGUACAACGCGCCCGGCCAUGUUCGAUACCUCUUGGAUAAUGACAAGAACAAGCCGUAUAAAUGGUACUACUGGCUGGAAAGACAAACACAGAAGAUGGAUGAUUGGAGGAAUGGCCACAGGCGUUCCUACCGCGCGCGAGGUCCUUCCGACAAGGUCCGCGACGUCGGCCUCAGGCUCACGCGGAAGGACGACGGGGCCAUUGACAGUAAUGAGGAGUACGAGAAGGAUGGCUUUGUGGUGUCUGAUGAAGAGGAUGAUGGGCCCAAUGAAGAUCCGAGCUCGUCUGGUAUUACCGAGUGUGUGAACACCGACACGGGCCACAGCCAAGACGACAGCCAGAUAGAGAGCAUUGUUUCUACGAACUCGAGAGUAGGCUCUCAAGCACAAGACGUUCAAACACAGACCUCAGGGGAUGACAUUGAAGAAGUCUCAGAUGAAUCGGACUUCAUCACCUCCGACGGAUCUCAGGUGGACGACGACGCUGACUAUCAAGACGAUGAUGACUACGACCCAUUAGAUGCAAUCUUUAAAGGCAAGAACGCACCGCCGCCUCCGCACACUCAAAUGCAGACCCGGUCGAUGGCACGUAAGGAGCAAAAGAGCGAACGGGUGCGAGACGAGAACAUGAACGACGAAGCAGAGCAAAGCGAUGGUUCAGGAUUGACGACAGUCGAUGCAGAAGACGAUAAACCACGUAUAUCACCGCGGACCAGGCGUAGACUGACCAAUGCCGAUCUCAGCGAUGAGGAAGAGGGGCCGUCUAGAAGACUCCACAAGCGGCUGCGUAUCGAUUAUGAUACUGGUAGCGUGACCAGCGCUUCAGACGCGGGCUCGAAAUCCGAAGAUAGUGACUCAGGCCCUCGCCCUUCCAAGGGUCGCAGGAGCACCUUCGGGAAGUUGAUGGACCCGAGCAGCCAGGAAACUUCGGCAGUCGCACUGAAGAAGAGCAUGGGCGGAUUGAGAGACAACGCCAAGGGCGAUGGUGUGGAGAUCAUGAAGAAUCGCACCCGAGCACAGUACCCAUUUUUCUUGACAUAUCGUACCAGAUGGAGUGACAACGAUCAGUACGGGCACAUGAACAACUCCGUCUACUACCACCUCUUCGACUCCAUCAUUAACUCAUAUCUCAUCGCGCAUUGUGGACUCGAGCCGACAAAGUCCGAACGCAUUGGUCUCGUCGUGGAGUCACACUGCUCGUUCUUCGCGCCUCUAGCGUUUCCGGAGGUGUUGGAGCUCGGCUUGCGGGUAGUUGCGCUCGGACGCAGCUCGGUCACGUACGAGGUCGGAGUGUGGAAGGAGGGUUCGCAGAAGGUGGCGGCGGUGGGAGGGUACACUCAUGUGUUUGUCGACUCGGAUAGUAGGCGGACUGGUGCGAUCGAGGGUGGACUGAGGGACGGUCUUGGGAGACUAUUGGUAGAUGGCGCUGGGAGCAAGUCCAAGUUAUGA